UGACGCGCAGUCCUCAUGCUCAGCGCCGCGUCUCGCAGCUUGUCUCGCGCUGCCGUGUGCUGCUCACGUCGUCCCGGGUCGUCUGUGGCUCGUUCCGCCGCUAUGUCCCGACCAGCCCCCGCACCUCGGGUCCAGCCCGCCACGGUGCUGGGCACCAUGGAGAUGGGGCGCCGCAUGGACAAGCCCACCAGCGCCGCGGCCGUGCGCGCCUUCCUGGGCCGCGGCUACAGCGAGCUGGACACGGCCUUCAUGUACGGCGACGGCCAGUCGGAGACCAUCCUGGGCGGCCUGGGGCUGCGGCUGGGCACCGGCGACAGCAGAGUGAAAAUCGCUACCAAGGCCAACUGUUUGGAAGGGAAGACGCUAAAGCCUGACAGUGUCCGUUCCCAGCUGGAGACAUCGCUGAAACGGCUGCAGUGCUCCCAGGUAGACCUCUUCUACCUGCACAUGCCGGACCACGGCACCCCCGUGGAAGAGACGCUGCGCGCUUGCCACCAGCUGCACCAGGAGGGCAAGUUCGUGGAGCUUGGCCUCUCCAACUACACCUCCUGGCAGGUGGCUGAGAUCUGUACCCUCUGCAGGAGCAAAGGCUGGGUCCUGCCAACUGUGUACCAGGGCAUGUACAACGCCAUCACCCGGCAGGUGGAGACGGAGCUCUUCCCCUGCCUCAGGCACUUUGGACUGAGGUUCUACGCCUACAACCCUCUGGCUGGGGGCCUGUUGACCGGCAAGUACAAGUAUGAGGACAAGGACGAGAAACAGCCCGAGGGCCGCUUCUUUGGAAAUAGCUGGGCUGAGGUCUACAGAAAUCGCUACUGGAAGAGGCACCACUUCCAGGCCAUUGCCCUGGUGGAGAAGGCCCUGCAGGCUGCUUACGGCCCCCAUGCCCCCAGCAUGACCUCGGCCGCCCUCCGCUGGAUGUACCACCACUCUCAGCUCCAGGGUGUCCACGGCGAUGCGGUCAUCCAGGGCAUGUCCAGCCUGGCGCAGCUGGAGGAGAACUUGGCGGCAACUGAGGAAGGGCCCCUGGAGCCUGCUGUUGUGGAGGCCUUUGAUCAAGCCUGGGAUCUGGUUGCCCAUGACUGUCCCAACUACUUCCGCUAAGCCCCUUCGUGGCCCAGUCUGGCAAAGGGCUUCUUUCUCUCUCCCACCUUGACUGGCCUUGAGCUGACUUAGCAUGGUCUUUCCUGAUGUUCUCUAUCUGUGAGUUGUUUCCUAAGUUUCUGCCUUCCUCCCUGUUGCCUUCAUGACAUGUAUAGGCUGGGGCUCAGCUCACUGGGCAUUUCAUGUCUGAAUAAAGCAAGCUCUUGACCUGGCUGGAGCCCAGGCCUGGAUGAAUCCCUGGA